CUCAUCAUGUGAAUUUAAUGGGGGCUGUCAUGCAGCCUAAAGUUAAUUGUGGCUUUCCAUCCAAAGUCUGGUUAAUCAUGCUAAAGCUGAUGUGUGUUUGUAAACCAAGUCAAGUAUCCUGGCUUGCCCUCCUCGUAGCAGCGCUGGGCUGUGCUAGUGCCCUGUCUGUAGAUGUGGAUCCUGUCUGCACAGCGGGAGGACAUGCAAAGUACAGACUUGCCUUCACAGGGAUGUGGAGUCAGACUGCCUUUCCAAAGCAAUAUCCUCUCUUUAGACCCUCGGCACAAUGGUCACAAAUCAUAGCUGUGACUCAUAGUUCUGACUACCACAUAUGGCAAAAAAAUGAAUAUGCCAGUACCGGAGUGAGAGAGUUUGCUGAGAAUGGAGAAGCCUGGACGUUAAUGAAGGAGGUGGAGUCAGCUGGGGAGAAGAUUCAGAGUGUUUAUGGGAUUUUCUCUGCCCCAGCGAUCACCAGUGGGACUGGCCAGAAUUCAGCCGACUUUGAGGUUUUUGCAAGGCACUCAUUACUCUCCUUCAUUGUGCGGAUCGUGCCCAGCCCGGAUUGGUUUGUAGGUGUGGACAGUCUGAACCUGUGUGAGGGGGAUCGCUGGAAAGAACAGUUGUCCCUGGACCUUUACCCGUAUGACGCAGGCACAGACAGUGGCUUCACCUUUUCAUCUCCAAACUUCGCAACCAUCCCACAGGACACGGUUACUCAGAUAACCUCUUCAUUUCCAAGUCACCCAGCAAACUCCUUCUACUAUCCCCGACUGAAGCAUUUGCCUCCCAUCGCAAGAGUCACCAUCACAAAGCUGAAGGGAAACCAUAUCAUGAGCCUGCCUAAAGACCUGUCCCAUUCCAAUCUGUUCCCUAUUAGCAAUGAAAUAGAUUAACUCACAAGUACGUUGAAAUACCUCAAUGGACACUAAUAUACCUGCUGCAUAGCCACCCUCAAAAGUUGUAGUAUUAUUCAAAUAAAGCAACAUUAUAUGCCAAAUCAAAGAAAUGGGUCUUUAGGUGAGCCAUACAAAGCUACCAGAGUUUGAGUCAUUUAAGUGAUGUAAAAUGGAGACUUUGAAGGAUGAUCAGACAAAUAAGAAAUGUAUUCAUUUAUUUAUUCAUUUUAUUGUAAAGAGGAAGAUAACUGGAAGCUGCCCCUAUUUUACUGUCCAAUUAUAAUAACAAACAUAUAUCCUAUAUCAAAGUACAAAGCUAGGAAUCCUGUUAUGAACAGCACAGAACAACUAGGGUUUUGUUGACAAUCUGAAAACAAGACAAUACAAAUCUGAAAGAGAAAAGUGACAAUUAGAAAAUACCUGUACAUUUCCAUUCAAAUGUGAUGUUAGUUUAGUAUUCAAGGAUUGUUGUGAGCAAACAGUAGUGUGAUAAACAGAACAUAAAUCGGAGUAUUGUUUUUUCAGACUUAGUUUCAAAGCCAACCCAGGAUUAAUGACUGGGUGGACA